GACACCGGUGUAACUCACCUGCCACCUGCUGCCCUCGCAGUCUUCAGCAACAACAGCUGCGGCACCAGAAAUUAGCGAAUGGUAGCUAGCAAGCUGCAGAUCGUAAGCUCUCCUCCUAGUCACCUGUGACACUUACUCCUGCAUCCACUUCUGAGCUAGUCGACUUCUGUCUGCUCGCACGGGCGUUCUGGCGGGCCGUGGGUGGUGGCGUCGCAAACCUCCCUAGCUCCGUUGCAAAUCACUUCAGAUGAGCCCCCAGAUGGGACGCUUGCGGCUUGAACAUCGUUUUGUUGCUAUUGUGUCGGGUUUGUUUUUUUGCCGUAGUGAAACACGCAAAUGGUGCCUCUUCACAACUAGUCUGGGAGGGUGCAUUUGGUGUAAGUCAACGGCAUCUCAGUCGGUCUACGUUGGUAGCAGACGUGUCUUAUAGGAUGCCAAAAUGUAUGAAAACUUUCUAAAAUUAACUAAAUCGCCAAAAUUACAUUAAUACCAUGUUUUAUUGAAUAUAUGAGGGUCAGAUAUAUAUUAUCACCUACUGUAUCAGAUAUAGGGGCGGUUUCUGGCUGUCGAGGUGUCUAGGGUAUCACAUCGUGAAGAACAAUCAACUAUCUAAAUAGUCCAAGAGUGGCUGCAAUAGUGCAUAUUUGUAUUUAUUUAUUAUACCGGGUGGCUUAUGAUGCUAUUUAUUCGUACUGGAUCUCGAAUUUUGUCCUACUUUACGAUGUUGUGCAAUUUCAAUGUGGCAGUUGAUAUAUUCCUACAUAUUUAUAUUAGUACAACACACAGUCGUACAAAAUAAUAUGCCAGUUGCACGCCAAAGGGAAGGUGAAAACGGAAACAAAAGAAACCAAUUACGAUACAGACGCAUAGAAACUGCAAGAAAUAUACAGAAACCAAAAACUGAUAAUAAGUGCCAUUGCACUUUGACAGUGUCAGGUCGCCAAAGCCAUCAUAUUGACAGCCACAGCACAGCAAACAACAACCAGUAGAGUUAACCAUAUAUUAUAGCUAUACAAUAUGAUAAAUACCUACGAAUACAAUAUCCAAACCAGAAAACCGCUGUGCCAUGCAAUGUUGCGCCAAAAAUACAAACCAAAUCUACUAAUGAUACGAGUUCUACAGCAUCAGGGGGACACUUAGUCCCACCCUACCAGGAGGAAGACGCUUCAAGCGGCUUUCUUAUCCUUACCCGCCUUGUCACCGCCCUUGCCAUCUUUCUUAUCAUCGCCGCAACCGCAGUCGUAAAAGUCGCCCAAGUUGUUGCAGUCAAACUGGGGCUUUUCCAACCGCACGUUGACUUUGUUGUGCAUGGCACAUAACCAGCUGGCGGCUGCAUUGCGGUUACUUGUCUGAGGAGGAUACUGUUUGAGGAGACCUCUAAAGUGUCGAGCGCAGUCUCCGCAAGGGUAUAACCGGCCGAAAAGGUGGAAAAAGGAUUCUAGCGUUUUGCGCUCGUCAGGUGUCGGCUUUUCGGGGUAUCGAGAGACCAUGGUGUGGAGGAAGCGCCAAGUAGCGCGGCCAAGUUCGGCUCUGCAGGAUAUAGUUAGAAUAUGAAACCUAUAACGAGUAAACCCAUCUAGACAGGUUUGACCUAGAGAUAUACUGACUUUAAUGUGGCAUUUUCAAGCUUGGGGGCAAUGGAGUCGCCGUCCAGGGACGGCAGGUUAUCAAAGUCCACGCUGAAGCCCGAGUCUGAUUUGCUAUCUCUAGGCGCCUCGACAUUUGCCUUGUCAUGGCCGGCUUUGAUACUGCCGGGCGCAACUUUGGCAUCUGGAGCUGCGCCAUGAACGUAGCUGCCUCGUUGCAGAUUUGUGGAUGAGGAGCCGAAGAAGUAGGUAAGGCUCAGGAAGACGACGAAUCCAAGCACCACCGUCAGGGUGAGGUGCUGCCGGCGCGCCAUUUUUGCGUAGAGACUGUGUCUAAAGGAGGACGUAGCGAUGUUGAAGAGUCUAGGAAACGUGGACGCAACCAGGUCGACGUCGGUGGCAGAAUGAUGCCACAGGUUGCGCCAGCCAGUGGGGCCGGAUCCGAUGCCACCCCGGCAAGCUGGCCUUGCGCGCGGUGCUGCUUCAGUCCAAAGUUUAAUAGCAAAAACGAGAAGAAAAAAAGACAAAAAAAGUAAAUGUGACUAAAUAUACUAUAACACACAACUAGAAAAUCUAAUCUACAAUCUACAGAAUCCACCCACUUUUGGCUGAUGACGACAGAUGGACGCAGGGCGGCGAGGUUGCAUCACGUGACGCCCAGUGAGCUUCGACGUUGCCCGCGCGUCCUAAGCUGCCUGAGCUACAGUUGGAGCUUCAGGCGGCCAUCAAGACGUACAAACCACAUCACAGCCACGGGCAUCCAUUGCGAGAGACGAAUUGACGACGAACCGCAGCACAUUAACACAUACAACACAUAUAGCAGUCAUGGAGUACGGCCGCAGCGGCAACCUCAACGAAGAUGGCAUCCAUGUCGAUAUGGAUAGAUUGAAGAAGGGCGAGGUCAACUUGGGAACUUCGAUGUAGGCUCGAUCCUCAACGACGCAGCACGAGCGACGAACGAUGCUAACCAGGAUACAGCAUGGCCGUUACAUUCAAGGACGGAGUCAUUCUUGGAGCCGAUUCGCGAACGACGACCGGUUCGUACAUUGCCAACCGAGUAACAGACAAGCUGACCAAGGUCCACGAUACCAUCUGGUGCUGCCGCUCCGGCUCCGCCGCCGACACACAAGCCGUUGCCGAUAUUGUCCAGUACCAGCUCGGCCUCUUUUCCAUGCAGAGCGGCAAGCCGCCAAUGACACAGACAGCCGCCUCGAUAUUCCAAGAGAUGUGCUAUGCCAACAAGGACCGCCUAUCGGCUGGUUUAAUUAUUGCCGGCUGGGAUGAGCGCUUCGGCGGCCAAGUCUACUCGAUUCCUCUGGGAGGCUCGCUGCACAAGCAGGCGUAUGCCAUUGGCGGCUCGGGUUCCACAUACAUUUACGGUUACUGCGAUGCCAACUGGAAGGAGAACAUGGAGGAGGAGGAUGCCGUCAACUUUGUCAAGGGCGCGCUGAGAGAGGCCAUCAAGUGGGAUGGCAGCUCUGGCGGUGUGAUUCGCAUGGUGGUGUUGACCAAGAAGGGUGCCGACAGACACUUGUAUCUGCCCGACACCGACUAUGCCGAGCGCGCGUUAUAAAGCGGCUACAGAGACGGAAUACGAUGAUACAAUUAAAAAAAGAGAAAUCCCUGACCCAACCUUUUUUUCUUCUGUACUGCAACCAGCCAUGAUGUGAGUGCGGCAAACCCGUGAUUGUAUACUAGAGGAGCAGCAGCAGAUAGAUAGCCGCAACACAAACGACGCAAAUAAGAAAUUGAAAAGAAGAAAACGUGCCGAGGCCUUUAGUAAAGAAAAAAGUGUACAAAGUCCCUGCCGGGUUGUUUAUCAGGAGA